AAACCUGGUAAUACAAGAAAGAGACAGACAGAAAGUGAGAGAGAAAAGAAAGAAAGAAAUAAAGAGAGAAGAAAGAAAGAGAGAAAGAAAGAAAGAAAGAGAGAAGAAAGAAAGAGAGAAAGAAAGAAAGAAAGAGAGAAGAAAGAAAGAGAGAAAGAAAGAAAGAAAGAGAGAAGAAAGAAAGAAAGAGAGAAAGAAAGAAAGAAAGAGAGAAGAAAGAAAGAGAGAAAGAAAGAAAGAAAGAAAGAAAGAGAGAAGAAAGAAAGAGAGAAAGAAAGAAAAAGAGAAAGAGAGAAGAAAGAAAGAGAGAAAGAAAGAAAGAAAGAAAGAAAGAAAGAAAGAAAGAAAGAAAGAAAGAAAGAAAGAAAGAAAGAAAGAAAGAAAAAAUAUGGAUUCUGUAGAGUCUCGGCUGGAGAAUGGACUCCUAACUGUCAGUUGCACAGAGCGGCGCAGGAGAUCAGACCUCUGUUGGCGAUGGGUCAGCAUCUGUUCCUUCCUUUUAGUUGUAGGAGCUGCUGUGUUUUUUGCCCUGCUGCACUUUAAGAUCAUCCCAACCCCUGCAAACAAGGAUGAAUUUAGGAUGCCGGAAAUAUUGGCUGUUAGGACUUAUUUAGAUUCUAUUCCUACAGACGUAAGAAAACAUAAUAAGCUUGGAAAGAAAUUAGCAGCUCAUUGUCCAGGUUAUGUAGAAAAUGGUCAAUUAGUCUGGAAGGAAUCCACCCUUAUGGAUGAGGACAUUGAUUCAAAGGAGGGACAGGUGAAACUACAGGACAACUCCCUAGUUAUUCCAAAAGAUGGUCUUUACUUUGUAUACACUCAAGUUGCAUUCACAGGACGCAAUUGUCAAGUAACUAAACCUCUCUACCUAUCUCACAUUGUCAAUAAGUGGAGCCUCUCCUACGAUGACCACUCUCCAAUUCUUACCUCUACCAAGUCAGUUUGUGAAGUAAAAUCUAGUUCUGCCUGGUUCCAACCCAUGUACCAAGGUGGGUUAUUUUACCUUGAGGAAGGAGAUAUCCUCUCCACUAGCACCGAUGGCAUUGGACAACUUGAUGUGAGUGAUACUCAGAUUUAUUUUGGGGUUCUUGCCAUAUAAGGUGGCAAAAUCCAUCAGUUGGAUCCUAGUGGAUUUUAAGGAACUCUGGUUGGGCAAGUCAAUGAUUUAAAGAAACAAUUUAAUUGUCUUGUAUAAGAUAUUUUCAGACUGGAGCAUCUGUGGCAAAAGUCCAUUAUUUCAAAGCUUCUAUGAAAAUCCUUGGUAAUAAUCCAUUAAAUGAAGAUGGGUACAUAUAUGGACUGGUACCCUCAAGAUUAUUAAUGGGUACAUUUGCUCCAUUAAAUCUGCUUGAUACUUUCAUAGUGUUGCAAUUAAAACACUCUUCUACAAGCACUUAAAAUCAGAAUGUUGAGACUACUUUAUCACUUGCACUGUGGGUACACUCGUAUCACUAUUAACUCAAAGUGGAUUUCCAUGGAGUCAUUUGGAAAACACAUAAACAAAAUUUCAAAGACGUUAUCGCUCACUGAACAUUUCAAUUUUCUGUAUAUAUUAUUUUUUAUUUAUUUAAAUAUUUAUAUAUUUUUAUAUUAUAUUUUAUAUAAUUUUAUUGAGUUCUGUGUAAUUUAAAUAUUUGAUAUCUAUGAGAGUAAAUUUAAUUGUUAUAUAUGCAUACAAUGUAUGUAUUUGUCUUUCAUUUGUGUACAACUUUAUUGUAUAUGUUGUGCAAAUAUUGUAUCCAAAUGUAUAUUAUGUAUUUUGUUCCGUUCUAGGAAACAAACCUGAGAAAUAAAUGCUAUGCUGCUUCUCAAUGAUUUAAAAAAAAA